AUGGAAGCCGUAGACGCACAGAGGCUUCAGCAGCUGGGGGAAGUACACAGCGUGGAGGCUGGUGACACCGUGCACCUGACCUUUGGUUUUCGCUCCGACUUGACACAGUACAGUGACAGGGUGAUCCGAGUGCACGUCGUUCAAGAGGAAGCUUCAGAAGAAGGGGAACUUCAGCGAGCCAGAUGCUGUCGUAUAAACAGCAUAGAUCAUGCAGGUUCCAGAACAAGACCUAGUUCGGCUUCGGUGGAGAACGAGCAAUUUGUCGACCUGGAAAUGCAGUCAGGAGAAGGCAGAGCGGAGGGAUCCAGCAGACACGCAUGGUCAUACGACAUUCCUGUCAACAGCUUGAUGGUAGCUGGAAUCUCCCAAUGCUUUAGAACGAUGCUGACGUCCGGCCUUCACGAGAGCAAGUCAAAGGAGGAACCAGUCGAGGUGACGCUCUCGCCACAAGAGGCGCACUACUUCGAUAUCCUCAUCCACUUUGCGUACACUCACCGGAUUCCGCAGGAAGUCUGGGCGGACAAGGAGGCGCUCUGCUGGCUGCUCACGGUCGCAGACCGCUUCGAGGCGCCGGCGUGCAUUCACAAAUGCGUCAAGGCGCUGACGUCAUCUCCAACAACCCUGAACGACGCCAUCAUGUAUCUCAACCUCCCAGAAACAGUGAAACGGCACAAGGCGCUGCGGGUGUUGAUGGACGCCGUUUCUGAAUUGACGGGCUGGUCGUUCGAGGAGGUGGCCGCUUGCGAGAGCAUUCUCACACUGGAAGAAUCCAGCUUGACGUGCCUUGUCAGUCGUCUUCGAGACUCGGACGAAAAUGUGGAAACGCUAUUUAGCCUCAUCCUACAAUGGUUCCGUUUCGGAGGGCAGGAGCGUUGGGGCGCACUUGAAAAGCUGCUCUCUCUGCUCGGCUUCUGGCGAAUGAACAUCUCUUUUCUUAGAAACGAAGUAGAAAGCUGCCCUGAGCUAGGGUUAGAAGAAGGGCGGGCCUUGGUAGAAAAAGUGAAGGCAUUGAAAGAUCCUAGGGAGGUUCAAGUUGAAGCGGCGGGCGCGUGCCAAGCGGCGCCGGCGGGUCCUCAAGCCGCGGCAGUUGUUGUCGCGGGUGCGCCCGCGGUCGCGCCUGCCGCGCCAGUUGGUUUAGAUAAUGGAGAAAAGAUCUUGAUAGGGUUGAUGUGCCUGGGGGCUCUUGUAGGAUUCGUGUUGCCGUUCGUGUUUUUGAUAAAGGCUUUCCAGCAAGGGGAUAAGACAAUUGGGUGGGUUUUGCUUGCUUUGACCACAACGGGAGUGCUGCCGUACGCGGGUUGGGUCGUAGGGGCUUUGAUUGGAAAAUCAGCGGUGGACAAGCCCCAACCGUCGCUCUCGUCCAGCCUCGCGCAAGCGCUGAGACCCAUGGCGGAAACGAAAGGACAAUUGAUCUGCCUGAACACGUCAAGAGAAGAAGAACAGAGGAGUAGAUAG